UUGUUGAAUUCGUUUCAUUUCAACAGCAGGCAGCCGAAGCAAGGCUUGGCAGAAUGGUCGGCUGCCUUGAUUACAAAUAAUUUUCAUUAUACAUUUAAUGAACCAUCAUCGCCAUCCAAACACAACUGUGCGUUUGAUGCAUUUAUCUUCUGUUUUGGCGUCAAGAAGAGUGCACGAGAAAGAAAAAGCGCCUUGUUCUGGAGUCUGACCGGUAUAACGACACAAAUGGGACUGCACCAUAUAACAAGCAACGACGUUUCCCAUUUAAAGUUUUGGAUGAAUGCUUCAACAUAAGAAUUGUAACUGAGUUCACACGAAUACGGGACGUGUUUCAUAUUAUUUUAUUGACACGUUUCAGGUCAAUGUGUUUUCCCAAGUGAAAACAUGCCUCGUUAGCUUCAGCUAGCUAACUCGCUAAAAGGCUAACUGCAUCAGUCUGAAGCAAGGGUUGAGAUGUUCGUCUAAAUUUGGACCGAAGCUAGCUAAUCCAGGUAGCUAGCUAGCCACUGACAACGUUUCUGUGACAAGCUGUCAAACCCAUUGUAUGUAGGAUUGUUUUAUAUGGUGAUUAUUGAUUGUGCGUGUUGGGAAAACUUGCAGAUCGAAACUUUGAUCACAUUUGCUGGCGGAGUUGUGGAAACCAAUGUUUAAUUGACAUCGCAAAGUUAGCCUGCUCGCUACCAACGUGACUCCACUAUCCUCGACCAGUCAAUGGAAUUCCGAAUGAGUCAUUUCGGGUGUUGUCCUCCAAAAUUCGAAAAGCAAGAGGACAGCUUCUAGAAUCCUACAAAAGCGGAUUUCUCAUCCCGCUACACGUGGGAUGAGACCUAUAUCGAAAGGAAUCACAUUUGAAUGUUUUCAAACAUGGGGUCUUUAAAAGCACUUCAAGAAUGGUGUCGGAUACAAUGCGAGAGUUACAACGAUGUAGACAUCAAGAACAUGUCAUCGUCUUUCCGGGAUGGCUUGGCAUUUUGUGCCAUAAUCCACCGAUAUAGACCGGAUUUGAUAGACUUUGACUCCCUCUCCAAAGAGAAUGUCUACGAGAACAACCGUCUGGCGUUUGAGGUGGCGGAGGAGGAGCUGGGAAUCCCUGCUCUGCUGGACCCAGAGGACAUGGUGUCCAUGAAAGUGCCUGACAGGCUGAGCAUAAUCACCUAUGUCUCCCAGUACUACAACUUCUUCACCAACAAAUCCCAUGCCAACCCCCCCUGCUUGAAGAGGUCCAGUGGUACAGGCCACAUUGAGCCGGCCCAGAAGAGACCGGUGGCCCCUCUGGAAGACAAAGUGGUUGAGCCCGAGCUGAGCCUACCUGGUCCGAUGGGUACGGACGGAGGGGUACAGGCGGGGGUGAAGCGUAGCACCCUCAGCAGCAGCUGCGCCGCCUGCCAGAGGCACGUCCACUUGGUGCAGAGGUUCCUGGUCGACGGCAAGCUCUACCACCGCAACUGUUUCAGGUGUAGGGAGUGUAGCAGCACUCUGCUGCCUGGGUCCUACAAGCUCGGAAACGAGGUCGGCUCCCUGGUCUGCACGCAUCACUUUGCCAGGUCUGCCUUAGCCAAUCAGAAUGGCCGACCGGACCUAAGCAAGCGACCGACAAUGGUUCCAUCCGUCAGGAUUGGUCGACCCAUGCUGCCUCAAACUUCUCCUCCUUCUGGGAGGGACCAGGCGGCAAAGACUCCGCCACAAAAAGAGACUCCGCCCCAAGAGACGCCACCAAAAGAGACUCCGCCCCAAGAGACGCCACCAAAAGAGACUCCGCUCCAAGAGACGCCACCAAAAGAGACGAUGCCACCAAAAGAGACUCCGCCCCAAGAGACGCCACCAAAAGAGACUCCGCCCCAAGAGACGCCACAAAAAGACACUCCGCCACAAAAAGAGACCCUGCCACAAAAUGAGACGCUACCAAAAGACACUCCACCACAAAAUGAGACUCCGCCCCAAGAGACGCCACAAAAAGAGACUCCGCCCCAAGAGACUCCACCAAAAGAGACUCCUCCCCAAGAGGGCGUAACCAAUGAGGAUUAUACCCCCACACCAACCAAUGACUCUGACUCUACACCAUAUCCUAUCUCAACGACAAAAACAGACUCUUUGAGAGAGGGGGAAGACGGUGCAGGAGAAAGAGAGGUCAAACCUCCACCCUCCAUUCCUCCCAACCCUUUCGAUGACAUCGAGGAGGGGGAGGAGACUCCGACAACAGCCAAAGUCACAGCCAAUGGGGUUAUCCCUUCUACACCUGUCAGUCAUCUAGGACUAGGGGACAGUAAGCCAGUCCCCAUCCCUCGCCGCUUGUCACAGCCCUCCCCUCCACCUCGUCCCGCCCCCAGGGUCCGCCCACCCCGCGUUGACAACCUUGCGGUCAAUGGUGAUCGUGGUGAACACAGGAGAUCUCUUCCUCCAGCUCCCAGACCUCGAGAAAGAUCCCACUCCCCUGGAAGCUCCAGUCUCUCCAUUGACUCCCCCAAACCCCCUAACCCACCCUGGCUGGCCCUCGUCCAAUCCCAAGAACCCAAGAAGAAACCAGCACCUCCCCCUCCCCCUGGAGUGGCCACACCCCCACACACUGGUUCAUUAUCUUCUCUAAAAGGGGAGGGCUCCAGACCACCCACGCCCCCUGCACCCGCCAACCCCUUCGAUGAGGAAGUAGAGGAAGAGGAGGUGGGGUCAGUAGGAAGUUUGGUUUCUCCCACUGUGGUGGUGAGUCAUCCGUGGUACAGCAUCUCCCAGGCUGCAGACGCUGCGGCUGACCCAGACACGCCCCCCAUUGGGGGUGUUUCCUCCCGCUCUGCAAGCCCCAAUGACUUCAGGUGCAAGAAACGCCCGGCGCCCCCAAAGCCUGUUCCAAAGGCCCCCGGCUCUAACUCAGCCCUUCCUCACUCCCAGCCCUCCUCUUCCUCUCCCUCUCCAGCUAUUAGCAUAGAGAGCCUAUGCUCUGCCUCCGACCAUAGCUCCUCCCACCCAGCUUCCCUAGGGGUGGGGCCACGGGCGAUCAGGACAACCCUUUCACCAAGAGCGUAUCAGAGCCCUCCAUCUGUGGGCCCUGUGGUGGCCCCACCACCUCCACCUCAGCCAAUCGCCUCUCUCCGAGCCCCUCCCCUCCUCCCCAGCCAGCCAAUCCUAGCUCGGCUCCGGCCACUCCGCAGAGCAAUCGGAGCGCCAGGCCCCCGCCGCCAAGACCUCCAACGACACCCAGCCCCCUGGCAGCAUCAAGUGCUAUCCCAGUUCCACCCCCCAAGCUACUUCCAGCGGACUUGUAAGGAAAACCCUUUCAACAGGAAAGCCUCUCCCUCCCCCGUUUCCUCCCCUAAAACCAGACCUCCUAGUGGUCCCUCCCCCGCCCGGCCCCCCGCCCCUGGACACGGCUUCCCCCUCAUCAAACGCAAGGUGCAGUCAGACCAGUACAUCCCAGCUGAGGACAUCCAUGGAGAGAUGGGAGAGCUGGAGAAACAGCUGGAUGAGCUGGAGCAGAGAGGUGUGGCUUUGGAGAGAAAACUACGCGAUAACCCCAAUGAUGAGGAGGAGGAGACUUUGCUGGUGGACUGGUUCACUCUGAUCCAUGAGAAACACCUGCUGGUGCGCCGCGAGGCUGAGCUGGUCUACACGGCCAAGCAGCAGAACCUGGAGGAGAGGCAGGCUGAUGUAGAGUAUGAGCUGAGAUGUCUUCUUAACAAGCCAGAGAAAGACUGGAAUGAGGAGGACAAGGGCAGGGAGCAGGAGCUGAUGACAGAGCUGGUCACCGUCAUCGAACAGAGGAACCAAAUCAUCAACAACAUGGAUCAGGACAGGCAGAGGGAAGAGGAAGAGGAUAAGCUGGUGGCGACCAUGUUGAAGAGAAAAGACUUCCAGAAGGAGCCAGCAGCAGAGGGCGAGCAGCAACAGAAGAAGAAGAAGAAGUUUAAACCCAUGAAGGUUCUGAAGAGGUUGAGUGUGAACCAAGGAAAAGGUGGCAGCCCACGCAAGGAGAUGGCAGAGAAGGACAAGAGCUGAACAAGGUAUGGAAGGAGGGAGGUGGAUGAUGGAUGGAUGGAAGAAAAGGAAGAGGGAUACCAUCCUUUACAGGGGGACAUAUCAGAUGGAAAUAUCAAGGAAACGGCAGAUGAAACAAAAACACAAUGAGAAGGAAAAACAACCCAGGAUUCUCACAGCUAUGUGAAAGACUGUAAUGUGUGCAACCUGCAAUCUGCUCCUCCUUCCUCUUACUGUAGCAUAUCCUUCUAAUCUGCUCCUCCUUCCUCUUACUGUAGCAUAUCCUUCUAAUCGCUCCUCCUUCCUCUUACUGUAGCAUAUCCUUCUAAUCGCUCCUCCUUCCUCUUACUGUAGCAUAUCCUUCUAAUCGCUCCUCCUUCCUCUUACUGUAGCAUAUCCUUCUAAUCGCUCCUCCUUCCUCUUACUGUAGCAUAUCCUUCUAAUCGGUUCUCCCUACCAGAGUAUGUGAGCAGAGUUAAGCGGUUGGAAAUCCGGCACGUGCUGGCGAUCCACCUAUUUUCAACUGCUCCGCUAAAAAAAAACGUCUGAGCUCACAGGAAAAAAAUGGCCGCUCCAAAUUCUCCCCAUUCAUUAAAAUCACAAUUUAACCAACACCCAUCUAUUUUUGUGACUACCUCGACUUACCAUUUGGUAUUCAAGUAAUGAAAUCAAACCAUAUGAUUUGAAUUAAAAGUAUUUGAUUUAACAAAUACAUUGGAAUAUGCCAAGCCUAUUUCUUUUUGCAUGUGCAUAUGGUAAGUACACCAUCAUGCUUUCGGGAUGCGUGUCUUUUCAGAUUACACGAUUUCAUUCUUUAGUUGUGGAUGCUACAUUGCCGCAAUCCAUCUCUUGCUCUUGGUCCACAUCUUGUAAGUUACCUUACUCUGCUCCCUACUGUAACUCCUCGCUCCACUCCGCUCACAUAC